UUCUCACUCUCUUAGGCAUUUGAAGUUCCAAGAUAUGGCAAGCCAACAGCUGGUAGCUCCUAAGCUGAAAAAUGUGAAUAUGAGGGAUAGAAGAACAUCCCCCCAAUCUGAUGAUAGUGCAUUGGUGAGGCAAAUUCGGGAGACUCAUUCUCCGGGACAAUCCCACAGCGUCGAUGUCAAUCAAAUUCUCCAAGUCAUUGAGGAAAUAUUUCAUCGUGCUACUCACAGCACUGCUGGCGUUCUAGUUGGUACACGAGAACUUGCAGAUACGGUGGAGGACAGGACCACUUUGCCUAGUGUUGAUGUCUUGUUCCACGGAUUGUCUUAUCUCAUACAAAAGAUCUAUUGCGAGAUAAGUUGCCAAUGCUCAGGAGGCGGCGAUGUUCACGCGACCACAAUGGAGUUACUCAGGACCCUUUCAAACUAUACAUGGGAAGCAAAAGUGGUGCUGACCCUGGCUGCUUUUGCUGUGUACUACGGAGAAUUCUGGCUUGUGGCUCAGCUUUGCACUACCGAUCCAUUAGCCAAGUCCGUGGCCAUCCUGAAGCAACUGUCGGACAUGGUAGAGCAUGCCGCCUCAGUCAAGCCUCAAAUUGAGGCAAUUGACAACCUCAUCAAGGCCGUUACCAAGGUUACCAAGAGCAUUGUGGAGUACAGUGAGAUGGUCAAGCUGCAGUCUCACUACAUUUCAGAAGACACACCUCCACUGUCAAUUGCCCUGGCACAUAUUCCUGCUGCUGCCUAUUGGGUCAUUAGAGGCAUCCUGGCUAGUGCCUCCCAUAUUGCCAUCCUCGCAGGCAGCAGACAUGAGUACAUUGCAUCAACCACAGAGGUUUGGGAACUCUCAAGCUUGGCUCAUAAGCUGAACAACAUACAUGAACACCUCACCAGUGAACUUGAGAAUUGCCGUCGAUAUAUUGUGGCAAAGAGAUAUGAUGAAGAUUAUGAGACGCUGAAACGCCUCUUCCAGGGACUCCACCUGGACAACCUGAAGAACUUAAGGGCACUGAUUUCCCACAAGGAUGAUGCACAACCACUCCAAAUUGGUACAACCAGGUACAGUCUUGAAGUGUUGAGGAGAAGGCAUGUGUUGCUGUUGAUAACGGAUCUUAGUCUGAGCAAUGAAGAGAUUGUGAUUCUUGAUCACAUCUACAAACAACAGCAGAACAGGGCAGAAGUUGAGUAUGAGAUUGUUUGGCUCCCCGUUGUGGACGCAACCCCUUGGGAUGAAGCAAAACGGUUUAGAUUUGAGGAGCUAAAGUCAAAGAUGCCGUGGUACUCAGUGCACGACCCUCUAAUAAUUGAGCCACCGGUGAUCAAGUUCAUCAGAAACGAUUGGCAUUUCGACAAGAAGAUGAUUAUAGUGUCCUUGGAUCCACAAGGAAGGGUGUCCUCCCUGAAUGCUGUCCACAUGCUGUGGGUAUGGGGCAAUGUGGCUUUCCCUUUCACUGAUGAGAAAGAGCAGGUACUGUGGAAUGCAGAGAGCUGGAGACUCCAGCUCGUUGCCGAUGGCAUUGAUCCAAUCAUACUGGACUGGAUAGAGAAAGGGAAAUAUAUAUGCUUGUAUGGAGGUGAUGAUUUGGAAUGGAUUCGGAAGUUCACGGUGAGAGCAAAAGUUGUUGCAGGACUUGCUGGUAUCUCCUUGGAACUGCUUUAUGUAGGAAGAAGUACAGCAACCAGGGAGCAGAUCAGGAAAGUGAACAAAGUCAUUAAAACAGAGAACCUCAGCCGGUUCUGGCCUGAUUACACAUCCAAUUGGUUCUUUUGGUCCCGAAUGGAUAGCAUGCGGUGCUCCAAGGCGAAACACCACAAGACUGUAGAGAAUGAUGAGAUACUGAAGGAGGUCAUGACUUUGCUGAGCUAUGAUGGAAGUGACCAAGGAUGGGUUAUGGUGUGGAGAGGCUCAAAUGAGACGGCCAGAGCCAAUGGACAGCUCACUCUGCACACCUUGGAUGAAUUUGAAGCCUGGAAAAAUAAAGCUGCUGAAUCAGGCUUCGUGCCUACACUCAGUGAUGAACUGAAGCAGCGCCACAAACCGCAGCACUGCACCCGUUUGAUCAUUCCAGGGUUCGGUCCAGACAUCCCGGACAGAGUGGAGUGCGCAGAGUGUGGCAAUGAGAUGGAGAAGUUCUUCAUGUUCCGCUGCUGUACCGAUUGAGACAUGUUGAGUCAAGCAUGAAAAAUCCAUAUUGGAUCUUAUGUUAUAUUAAUUAUGGUGCUCUUUCUUGAGAGAGCUAAAUGCUUUAGUAUGCAUUAAGAAUAAGUUUGUUUGUGUGAACUUGUGAAAUGGCUAGGACUCUAAGCGCCAGUUUGGGCUGUUGAGUCGGGGGCUAAUUCGGCUGAUAUAUAUAAGCUUAUAAGAAUGUAAAAAUAAUAGUACUUGAAAGACUUUUCAGUACUAAAAUUACUAUCACAA